AGUGUGUGACUCAUGUCCGUGACCAUGUAGCCUACCACUAAAUCACGCAGCCCACCCCUGUGUAAACUCUGCUGUAUAAAAGCUACGGGCGCCUUUACGCGCCACACUUGGAUUGGUGCGCCCUAGAGGACGGAUCUGGAUUGCGCGCAAUAAUGAAAGGCAUUACACUCCAUAAAGUGUGCCAUUGCGGCUUAUUUACUUAUCUUGUACUACUGUCGUUUAUGCCUAUCACGGCCGCAGUCAGUUUUGACCUGACUGAGCUCAGGAAUAAAGUGGCAAAGAUCAAAGUGAAUCCAAGAGGAAACCUGUGGGCAACUGGUCAUUUUAUGGGUAAGAAGAGCGUGGUGGAUGCCCCACUGCUGCCCUCGCAGAGCCAGAGUCUGGAUGCGCUUGAUAUGUCACUACCUGCGGAGCAGAGUGCGCUGGCGCAGCUAUUUCAAGAGUUUCUGCGGAUGGCGUUAGAAACGCAGGUGGAGACGCAAGAAACUCGCUCAAAAAAUUUGGAGACCAAUUUGUUGAUGGAAAUUUUACAAAGUUAUUUGCAAAAGAGAAAAUGAUGAGAAGGACCCAGCACGCUGCAUGAAGAUGGAUUUUGUUGUGUUUUCAAAGAGGCAAAUUAAUCUAAAGUCUACAGUUCCAGCUUUUUAUUCCUGUACUUUGUCAAGUUAAACUGUCACAUAAACCACGUAUCUGUCGCAAUAGAUUAUUCAUGAUUAUUUUACAUUGUAGCCCUAAUAAAAUUAUU